AUGCAGUACAAAUUAAUUUUGGCUUUAAUAUUUUUAUUCGGAUAUGUGUGGUCCGUACAAACGGCAGCUGUAGAUGUAGCUCCAGUCGAUAUAGACUUUUAUAAGCUCUACAAUGAUCCUGAUGCACAUUUAGCGUUUAGAGAACGCAGGACAACUCGCGACCGCAUGGCUGCUCAUGGUUAUCCUGCGGAACAUCAUCAUGUUGUCACUGAGGACGGCUAUAUCCUAGGCAUUUUUCGCAUACCUUACUCGCAUAAGCUGAAGAAUCAAGACAAGAAGCGUCCUGUGGUGCUGAUUCAGCAUGGACUAUUUAGUUGCUCGGAUGCCUGGAUACUCAGCGGCCCAAAUGAUGCUUUGCCUUAUCUGCUGGCUGAUGCAGGUUUCGAUGUAUGGAUUGGCAAUGCGCGUGGCACAACUUAUUCGCGCAAUCACACCACACUCUCCACACAGCAUCCUUACUUUUGGCGCUUCGACUGGCAUGAGAUUGGUGUCUACGAUAUGUCGGCGAUGAUUGAUUAUGCUUUGAAGACCAAUGGACAGGGACAAAAAAGUUUACACUACGUCGGUCACUCUCAAGGCACAACUGUUUACUUUGCGCUGAUGUCAACUGUUCCCGAAUAUAACAAAAAGAUUAAAACAGCAAACUUGUUUGCUCCCAUUGCCAUUAUGAAAAAUAUGAGAAAUAAGUUGGUACGCAAGGCUGCGCCAUAUCUAGGACAUCACAAUACCUAUUCGCUGUUAUUCUCCUCCCAAGAGUUUAUACCACACAACAGUUUCAUAUCUAUUAUGUUCUUCAACUUGUGCGAACCAGAUUUGAAUUUCCGUAUAGUCUGUAACAAUGUUGUAGGCAGACUUUACGAUGCUAAUCGCGUGAAUAUGACUGCAAUGCCCGAGGGUAUGGCCACACAUCCAGCUGGCUGCUCUACCAAUCAAAUUCUGCACUAUCUGCAAGAGCAGCAAUCAGGACAUUUCCGCCAGUACGAUCAUGGUCCUGCAAAGAAUCUACUAGUUUACAAAUCCGAGCAGCCACCAGACUAUCCUGUAGAGAAAAUAACCUCAGAGUUGCAUAUGUGGUACUCGGAUAAUGAUAUUAUGGCUGCGGUAGAAGAUGUUUUAGCUUUGGCCAAACGCCUGCCAAAUCAUAAGCUUUAUCACAUGGAGGAUCCUGACUGGGAUCAUGGUGACUUUGCACUCAACAAAGACGUCCGUAAAUAUCUUAAUGAGCCCGUCAUAGAGAUAAUGCUAAAAUAUGAAGAGGCUCAUAACUGAUUAGUGUAGUUUGUGCUAAUCAAGUUAUUUAAUCUAUGAUUAAAUUUAGAAUAUAGGUAAGCGCGUAUUACUGAUUAGUUUGUUUGUUUUGCUAGUUAAUCUUGAUAUUAAUAAGUCAGCAAUGAAAAAAUUUGCUGGAGGUAUAAGAUAAGUAAAAGCGUUAAAUAAUGUUAAUAAUAGUACUUAAUCAA